UGCACCUGUUUCUCAAUUGACAGUCACAGUUCGUGAAUAGCAGCCCUGUCCUUACCAUUAGUGGAGAAGUUGCGGUGUGUACGACACUAUGGCUGAGAUAGCGAUGGUACAAAUGGAAGCACCAACCUCUGGAUUUACUCAUGAAGAGGGGCAGCCUACACCGACAAACCAUCCACCAUCAACCAACCAGCCACCACAAAUAUCUAACCCUCCUCAACCGUCAACACAGCAACUACCACCCGCGGGUCACGGCAACCUGACAAGUUCUGUGGCCCAAACCGAAUCAGACAACUGUGAGGGGAUACCGCGGGAACGCUGGACUUCCACUGGAGAGUUUAUUGCGUCGGUUCUAUCAUUAAGCAUUCACUUUGGAACAUUUACAACACUUCCCUAUUUCAGCGCUACAGACGGAGCUGCUUUCAUGGUAAUCUAUGCAGGCUUCUAUUUCAUCCUCGGAGUGCCUAUCAUGUACCUGGAUCUGUGCCUAGGACAGUUCUGUAGCAGGGGACCAGCCCACAUAUGGAACCUGUGUCCGUUGUUCAGAGGAAUAGGUGUUGGGAUGAUGGUUUCCUCCGCCAUGUACUAUCCGGUGUACAAUCUGUUCUCAUCGUGGUCUCUGUACUAUGUGGUUCAGUCGUUCUACCCCGUUCUACCCUGGUCAAACUGCAACAACGCAUGGAACACGCCAGCAUGUUCCAAUAAUACCUAUAAACACAUUGGCCCCAGUACAGAAUACUUUUACAAAAGAGUUUUACAAGUGUCUGAAUCCUCCGGAUUUGAAGACAUGGGAGGUCUCCAAUGGGAGUUGGUUGGCUGUUGUGCUGGCGUGUCGGUUUUAGUCUUUGCUGCUCUGUUCUGGGGAAUGAAGGUUCUUGGGAAGGUAUUCUGCAUCACAAUGUUGCUGAUGUGUGCAAUGACGCUGGUUCUGUUUAUCGGAACAAUGACUCUUCCUGGAUCCCAGAAUGGAUUAGCAUUUCUCUUUGCACCGAAUUUUGGGGCAGAUCUAAAAAAAAAAAAUGUGUGGUCCAGGGCGUUCUUUUGGGCCAUGUUUACUGUUGGAAUGUCAUCGGGCCUCGUCAGCAAUCUUGCAAGCUACAGGCACUUCAAAUCCUCAGCACUACGGGACUCCCUCAUAAUUUGCAGUAUCAGUGCUGCAGGUCGCCUCCUCGCAGGUCUGAUGAUCAUGAGCCUUUAUGGAGUGCUCGUAAACACACAACAAAAGAGGAUGAACUAUAUGGUCAAGACAGGAAUCAUGAGCGCAUUUCAGCCUCUCCCGGAGCUAUUUCCUCAUCUCUCUGUCUCUCAGUUUUGGAGUCUUGCUUACUUCGCCAUUUUUCUCCUUGUUGGAUUUAAUUUGCAGUUAAUAUAUGCCGAAAUGAUCAUCACAGCUAUAGUUGACAGCCUGCCACGCCGAUCCCGCAUGAUAAGACUCGUGGUCACCGCCGUCGUCUGUAUCACAUCCCUCCUUCUUACUCUUCCAUAUUUGGCUAAAGGAGGAGCUCGCUUGAUGAUCCUGGUUGACGUUUACAUAAUAGAAGUGUCAUUCUCAAUUCUUGGUAUCCUUCAGUUCUUAACAAUUGGAUGGAUAUAUGGCAUGGGUCGGCUGAGUAGAGAUAUUGAGAUGAUGACUGGGAUUCCACCUCCAAUAGUCUUCAAGUUCAUCUGGUGUUUUAUCCUCCCGCCUGUCAUCCUGAUUUUCCUGGUGUUAUCCUUCAUUGAUUACGACCCUCAAUCCUUCUACUCCGCUUUUCCAGUGUGGGCUCACGUGAUGGGGUGGUUCAUUGCACUGGCUUCGCUGGUACCCUUACCCGUGUUUGCAGUGAUAGCACUUUUCACCUCUUCUCAGCAUCUGUUACGUCCAAAACCAGAAUGGGGACCUGCUGAGGUUGAGUAUAAGAGGCAAUAUGACAAUCAGCGCCAAUACAAUGUAACACUGAGAGAAAGAAUCACGUCAGUAUUCACGAACUGAUGUCACCAUUCACUCCCCCCCUUAACGCUCCCCCCCCCCCCCCUUC